AUGGCACUCGCGAAUCACGGCGCUUCAAUACCGGAUCUCAUCGCCAUGGGAGAUGAGCAGGAGAAUGUCACUGACUGGCAACGACGAUGCGGGAUCAACAAGGACAGUCAGAUUCGUUUAGUGAAGCUCACACAUAUGCGUUAUCAACACCCUGAUCUAGACCAGAUAACGACCUUCCUGCAAGGUGGUGGCUUUCUUGUUACACUGACGGAUCCUGAAGAGUUUCCAGUGAAUUUGAUGUUCGGGCAAAAGCCCGCAGAAAAGGGUGCCAUUCCAGAGAAGCUCACUAUUAACUACGAAGAAGAAAAGCCCCGAAUCCGGAAGUUCCAGGGAUUUACUCCUGGUCCAGCGGCUGUACACAAACUGGGCCACUUUGGGCUAUGCACGGGGAAGUUCGAAGAACUGGUCCACUUCUAUACUACGACAUUCAAUAUUGUACCGACUGAUUUUCUUUACGUGGAGAAGGAUGGCCGGAGGAAGAAUGUUGCAUUAUUCGCACAUAUUGACCGUGGCGAUGAUUAUGUGGACCAUCACAGUUUUUUUAUGAGCACAAAUGCCAGCAGUCAUGUACAUCACUGCUCGUUUGAAGUCCAUGACUUUGAUACUCAGAAGCUGGGGCACCAGUGGCUCACUGAUAAGAAGUAUAAGUCUGUGUGGGGCGUUGGACGCCAUAUCCUUGGAUCUCAAAUCUUUGAUUACUGGUGGGAUACAACAGGAAACAUGAUAGAGAAUUAUACAGAUGGAGAUCUGGUGAACAAUCAGACUCCAAUUGGUUAUGGACCGGCUGGAGAUGAGUCCCUAGCUGUCUGGGGACCUGAGGUGCCAGCUUGGUUCUUGAAAUAG